UGUGUACAGUACAGCUAGCUAGCUACAGAUAGAUAUGUACUUGUACUGUGUAUGUUUCGUUCGUGCAUAUUCCACAGUUGCUGGCGCGAGACAAAGUCAAGUGGUUUGUGCAGUUCAUGAUACAAUGGGAACAACGGAAAGCAAGGCUCAGCAUGACAAAGCCCAGCUGCAAGACAAAACAACAGAUGAAGACAAUGCCAAUCACACACCCCUUAGCCAACGCCGUCUUAUGAAGCUCAGGGAUCCACGCUCGCCCACCGAUGGAGUCCAGCGGACUCCGAUCGUUGUUCCGAAGCCAGGAGAGGUAGACGACAGCUUUGAGGACCCACGAUCACCAACAGCGAAGAUUGCACGGACACCUAUUCCUGAUGACACCGAUCCAAGGUCGCCCACUGAGGGUGUUUCGAGAACCCCCUGUCCCUUUACUUACCCUGACCCCAGGUCACCCACCAUCAAUGUGCCACGAACACCAGUGCAUAAAGAAUGUCAGCCAGAUAAAUAUGAAAUGCCGUCAGCCAGCAAACACGACAGUAUAGCGGAGGAAGACAGUGAUGACAUGCAGAAUGUCUCCAACAACAAUAGCAGUGACACAGCUCACCUGAUUGACUACCAAUCUCACACAGGUGAAGAGCUAGAAGCAGCUAACCUUGCAUCAGUGACAAAGAAUCCAUCCAGAGACAUUGGGCAAGAUUGCCAUGAUGGAAUGGCCCCAGAUACAUGUAGUUUACCCAGUGAAGCAGAUGACUGCCAGAAGAUUGGACUUAUUGCAUCGGACAAAGGACCAUCCAAAAAAUCCAGGAGACCCAGUUUGACAAAAUCAAUCAAAGCCAAGAUCAAUGGAACCCACUCAGUACCCCCUCGUUCCCCCUUGUCUACUCGCAACCUAGAAAGGGAUGACCCUGCUGCCCGGCUGCUCAUGGGAAAUGAUGUGAUCACAUACAGCAAAGUUGGAUCUCGAAGGACACAGGCUAGUGGCACACCCACCCGACUUGUUGGGAAGUAUGAGCCCAUGAUUGACAAGGAGAAUUUCUAGUACUCCUGUUUAUGCGAGGAUUUUACAGUUUUGCACUGUUUCUGUGUUUUGAUCAGUUAGAUGUCUCCAUGUAUGUGUACAUAUACUGCAUGGCUGCGCCAACAUAA